UGAUGGCGCUGUUUCCAGCGUUUGCAGGGGAUGCGACUAACAAAGUCGAUGAGUCGCACAAAGAAUUAGACUGGCUUUCCAAUAAGAGCUUUAAGAUUGAGGAUGCCCUCUCUCUGCAUCAGCGGACUAUAGAAACCAGCAAGAGGGAAAACCAAGAGGAAUCAAGUUUAGGCAAAGACGGCGGUACUGGUGAGGAAGAGACAGAGGGAGAAGCUGACACACCACCCAAAAAGAAGAAGAAGAAGAAAGAGAAAAAGAGGAAAAAAAAGAAGCCCAAAAAGAAGAGUGGAAGGUCUUCUGGCAGCAGUGGGUCAGAUUCUGAAACCAUCUACCCUAGUGACCUCCAAAGGGAGAAGGAGAGAGAUAGUCCCCAGGCUGCUCCAGUUCCCAGUCGCUUCUUCUGGUUGGAUGACCUUCAGUCUCCCACAGAGCAUCUAUUCUGUAUAGACCAAAAACCUGACCAGGCCAACUGGACAUACAAGUCCUUGUACAGGGGAGACAUUGCCCGGUACAGGAGGAAGGGCAGUUCUUCGCUGGGUCUGGAUUAUCGCACCCAGGAAAUCAGCUGGGAGGAGAGCGAGCCAAAUAAGAAAAAGAAAGGCAAGGACAAGACGAAAGGGCCAGAGCGCUAUUACUCCACAGCUAAUUACCAGCAGCUGAGGUCUGAGCCUGCUGUGACUACAUUGCCCAGGAUUCCACAAGACAGUGAUGUCAGCAGCAGCACGUCCUUCCUCCCUCUGGUCGGUGAAGAAGAUGGCAAGGGCAAUACAGGUGAGAGAGGGCAGACAUCAUCGGUAAACCCUCUGGGUAUCUAUGAUACCUCAACCACACUCUGGCUGCAGGGGAAAGGACAGCAGGAGCAAACAGACAGCCAAAAGCAAGAUGCACAGAGCGAGCAGAGCGCCACCUCUCUGGCUAGACGGACCGAAGAGUUUAACAGGCGACUCAGAGAGCAGCCAGCAGACACCCAACUUUGGAUAGAAUUCAUACGUUACCAAGAUGAGCAGACCGCGGCGGUAUUUGGAGGCGAGCAGGAGCAGCAGGGGGAUUCGACAGACAGCCAUAAAUUAUCCUAUAGGGCUGUUCUGGAGAAGAAGCUGAGCAUAGCAGAGCGUGCGGUAGCCACCAACCCCGACUGUGCAGCUCUGCAGCUGGAGAGGCUCAAGAUCUGCCAAGAGCUCUGGGAGCCCUCUGCCCUCGUCAAAGAAUGGAAGAAACUGGUGUUCCUCCAUCCAAACAGUGCCCCCUUGUGGCAAGAGUACCUGCUGUUCACCCAGAGCCACUUCAGCACCUUCAGUGUGUCAAAGGUCAGCUCUGCCUAUGGGAAGUGUCUGAGCACGCUCAGUGCAGUGCAGGACGGCACCAUGGUGUCACACCCAGCUCUGCCGGGGACUGAGGAGGACAUGCUGGCUAUCUUCACCCAGCAGUGCCACUUCCUGCGUCAGUGUGGUCAGUCGGAGAAGGCAGUGGCUUUGUUUCAGGCUCAGAUAGACUUCACAUUCUACAAACCUGACAGCGUGCGAAACCUGUCUACUAAGCAGCAGGUCGAGUUCUUUGAGCCAUUCUGGGACAGCGGGGAGGGAAGGGUUGGGGAGAUGGGAGCAAGGGGAUGGAAAGCCUGGAUGCUCCAACAGGAGAGAGGGGGAUGGUUGCAGCCCAGUGCAGAGGAGGAGGACGAAGAAGAGGAGGAGGAGGAGGAGGUGAAGGACAGGAGCCUGCCCAGAUGGAGGAUCUGGCUUGAUGUGGAGUUUUCCAGAGAAGCGGCUCAUUGGCUGCCCUGGAGGCCUGACAAAGCCAAGGGCCAAUCAGAAGAGGACUGUGAGGACCCAGACAGACAGGUGUUGUUUGAUGACAUCGGCCCGUCGCUAAUUUGUCUGUCCUCUCCAGACCACCGCCUCCGUCUUCUUCUCGCCUUCUUGUCAUUCCUGGGUCUUCCCAUUGACUCUGUUCUCUCUGGCACCCCCUGUCAGCCCAGCCUGCUGCUGGAGGAGCUCUCUCUGCUCACUCAGGGUAAUGACCCCCAAAGACCUCUCACCUCAUUUGACCUCCCUGACCCUGGGGUCAGCUCAGUGGGUCACAUGACUACCCUUCAGGGAAGCAGGAAGUGGGCAGGGCUUGGGAAGCAGGGGGAGGGUUUUGUCACCAAUGUCUUCCAUAUGCUCCACCCAGUUCUCCCCACCAACCACCGAGCCAUCCUGUCACUCAGCUGGAUGCGGUAUGAGAAACUCAAGGUCCUUCGCUGCUUGUCCAGUGGCAGCAAGAAGCGCCUUCGCUUGCAGGGCAAAAGCAGCAAGCGGGUUGCAAAGCGCCUGCUCAAAGAGCCCGACAACCGCUCAUCGCUAGAGCUCUGGCAGGAAUACGCCCACCUUGAGUGGCUACUGGGUAAUCUUGACGACGCCCGCAAGGUGUUCUCCACAGCAGCCAGGAUGGGAGGAGCCAAAGGUCUGAACAAUGCUGCCUUCUGUGAUGUCUGCCUACUGUGGGCCCAGCUCGAGGUGGAGGAUGAAGAGAGAGGUGGAGGAAAAGUGAGGCAAGCUGAGGCGAGCAGCUCCCCUGCUGUGUGUGUGCUAACCAGAUUAGCAGAGGGAAGCUUCUCAUCCUCCUCCUCUUCCUUGGCUGAGCCUCUCUCUCCUGUCUCCAUUCUAAAAGCCAGGAGGUCAUAUGAACAGGUCCUGCAGACCAGCCUGUCUGUCUUGGAUCAAGAUCCCCAGAGCUCUCAGGCCAACACAAAAGAGGGGCAAGAAGAUUUACUAGGAGAGCGGUGGAGGCUGAGAGGCCUGGUGGGCUGCUAUGCUCUUUUCCAGUAUCUCACUGUGGGCAUCCAGGCUGCUAACACGGUCUACAGCCAGGCCAGGGAGAAGAUGGAGAGGCUGCACAGCAUGCUAACACAAGGCCUUGCAAAGAAGGCAAACUCUGGCGAAGGAGACAAUCACACUAAGCUAAAGGGUAAUCACAGCCCAACAGACUCCAACUGUGCUAGCAUGCAUUCUGCUAAAACGCUAGCUUGUGAGUGUGAGGCGUUAGCGGUGCAGCAGACGGCACUGGUACGAUUCCACACGAGCACCAGCGUGUUUCCUCUGGCAACACUCAGAAUGACCCUGACCUCCGCACUUUCCACCUGGCCCUGCAGCGCCACACUGUGGGCCACAUACAUACAGGUGGAGAACCGUUACCACAGCGCAGGCCGUGCGCGGCGUUUCUUCCACUCCGUAAUGAGGGGCAACAGUUACAUGGUGCCACGGCUCUUCGCCAUCGUUGCGGAACAACAGAGGAAGCAACUGUUGGAUGCUGCGCAAAGGUGUGGUUCCUAUGACGUUGUCUUGCCCAUCCUGCCAGAGCACGGCCUUAGCAACCGUAUCCAGGGCCUGUUUGAAAGCGCCAUAGCAACAAAGACGGGUGCCCACUGUCCUUUACUUUGGAGGAUGUAUAUGCUCUUCUUGGUGUCAGAAGGAAAAGUGGAUCAGGCUAGAGGGAUCUUCUACAAGGCUUUACAAAACAUUCCCUGGGCCAAGGGUCUGUACAUGGAUGCGGUGCAGCAGUUCCCUGAACAUCUGCAGGAGUUUUUAGAUCUAAUGACGGAAAAAGAACUCCGGCUCAGACUGCCAUUGGAAGAGUUGGACAUACUGCUGGAAGACUGAAUACACGAGACAGUCAUUCGAGACUUAGCUUAUGUGGACUUGAUUGGAAGUGGUACCACCCAUAUUUUUGGAAACACUGACUGGCAAGAGCGAGACCACGGGUUUUGGAACUGGUAAAAAAAAAAACUCACAUUGGAGGCUAAACAGUUGUUGCUUGCAUUAACGUCACCCAUAACGCAUACCAGUGUGUAUAUACAAACCACUGCUGUUUUGAACAGUGUAGUUACAAAAGAUGUCUGAAAGUAAUUUAUUUUUACACUCAACCACAAGAAAUGUCAAU